AUGUCUCGACAGUCAGGAGGCUCAAGGCAGCAUGGCAGUCAGUCAAGAAAUAUAGAUGGACACCAUGAGGGUGUAAUUGCGCAAGUCAAAAGCAUUGUCACGCAGCUUGACGGGGUCCUAUCGUCUUCCCCUCAUGAAUGGGCGACCUAUGUUCCAUCUGCUCGCUCAGCUAUGGGAGCAAUAGAUAGGAUACACUUCUUUCGGGACCGUCAGCGCUUCGCGGAACAGAUCUGGGUUCUUCAAGGCCUUCAAGACUUCGCGUAUCAUGAUCCAGAUUCUGGAUGUAUCAGAGACAUUGCGGAAUGGUGUCAGAUAGCUUGGCUACGAAUCCUUCAAGAUCAUCCAGAGAAUUUAGAAGCACUGACUGGUGGUUUGAAGCUUCUAACCGGUGACUCGGCCAUAACUGAAUUGGAUGCCGUAACUAAUCACCUUUGCGACAUAGGAUUGGGAUCAAAUUGGCUUCAAAUGUCGCAAGCUACCCUAGCUCAGAUCCAUCGCCAAGAAGGUACCGGCGUUUUAGGUCAAGAUUCUGACGAUGCAGCAGCAUAUCCACCAGAUCCACGACGACAAGGACCUCUAUAUGUUGAGGCUCGAGGAUACCUGCAACCGGCUGUCGAUUUCUAUGCAAGGGCUGUGCAAUCCGCUAAUGCUCGGGGAUCAACAACUGGUGGCCUACUGGCUUCAGCUGCCGAAUCGAAUAUGUCUCUGGGAAAUGUGACAGCUCCUCCGGGAGAUGAACGGCAUUUUACUCAAGCGAUUCACUACUUGCGCCUUGCUGAAGCUAUCCCAAAUUUCCUGCUUUCCACCUACCUACAGGAGUAUUUAAACGAUUACGGAAGAUAUGUCUCUUAG